AUGGGCCGCGGGUCCGUCCCGCUCCGCCGUUUGCUGCUCUCGCUGCUGCUUCUACCGGCCGCCGGGACCGGCGGAGGAGCGGCCGCCUUAACGGGGGGGGAACCGGAGACGGUGGAGGAGCUGAUGGAGUACCGCGACCCUUGCAAAGCUGCUGCCUUUUGGGGAGAUAUCGCUUUAGAUGAAGAUGAUCUGAAGCUGUUUCAAAUAGACAGAACUGUUGACUUAACAAAGCACUCAGAUGGCAACGCAAGACACACUUCAGGAGGCCUGGGAGAAGAGUCUCUUGUGUCAAAUGAGAACAUCACUUCAACUGAUCGUAGUAACAAAGCAGUUAAAAAGGACGGCAGGCAGAACACAACGCUUGUGAGGAGACCGAAGAGGAAGGAUUAUAAAGAUGAGUCUGAGAUGGACACACACUCCUCUCUCAGAGUGCGCAGGGCAACCACAUCCAGAGCUGAGAGGAUCUGGCCAGGAGGGGUCAUUCCCUAUGUUAUUGGAGGAAAUUUCACUGGUACCCAAAGAGCUAUCUUUAAGCAAGCCAUGAGGCACUGGGAGAAGCACACUUGUGUGACAUUUGUGGAGAGAACUGAUGAAGAGAGUUUCAUUGUGUUCACAUACAGAACAUGUGGAUGCUGUUCAUAUGUGGGUCGUCGAGGAGGAGGUCCUCAGGCUAUAUCCAUUGGGAAAAACUGUGACAAAUUUGGUAUUGUGGCUCAUGAGCUGGGCCAUGUGGUGGGUUUCUGGCACGAGCACACACGGCCUGACAGGGACCAGCAUGUCACAAUCAUCAGGGAGAAUAUACAGCAAGGUCAGGAGUACAACUUUUUAAAGAUGGAAGCUGGGGAAGUGAACUCACUGGGAGAGACCUAUGACUUCGACAGCAUCAUGCACUAUGCUAGGAACACGUUUUCCAGAGGGGUUUUCCUCGACACCAUCCUUCCGCGUCGUGACGAUAACGGGGUCCGGCCGACUAUUGGUCAGCGCAUUCGCCUGAGUCAGGGAGACAUUGCACAGGCAAGGAAGUUGUACAAAUGCCCAGCUUGUGGAGAGACCUUGCAGGACUCAACAGGGAAUUUCUCAGCCCCUGGCUUUCCAAAUGGCUACCCCUCCUAUUCCCACUGUGUCUGGAGGAUCUCGGUGACGCCAGGGGAGAAGAUUAUGUUAAAUUUCACAUCAAUGGACCUAUUUAAAAGUCGCCUUUGCUGGUACGAUUAUGUGGAGGUGCGUGAUGGCUACUGGAGGAAGGCUCCGUUACUGGGUAGAUUUUGUGGUGACAAGAUCCCUGAACCAGUAAUCUCCAUGGACAGCAGGCUGUGGAUUGAGUUCCGGAGCAGCAGUAAUAUCCUGGGCAAAGGCUUCUUUGUGGUGUAUGAAGCUAUUUGUGGUGGAGAAAUUCACAAAGAUGCUGGCCAGAUCCAAUCUCCCAAUUACCCAGAUGACUACAGACCUUCUAAAGAGUGCGUCUGGAAGAUGUCAGUUUCUGAGGGCUUUCACAUAGGAAUCACAUUCCAAGCCUUUGAGAUUGAAUGGCAUGAUGCAUGUUCUUAUGACUACCUGGAGAUCCGAGAUGGCCCCACUGAAUACAGCCCACUGAUCGGUCAUUUCUGUGGCUAUGAGAAGCCAGAAGAUAUCAAAUCCAGCUCAAAUAAAGUAUGGAUGAAGUUUGCAUCUGAUGCAACCAUCAAUAAAGCAGGCUUUGCAGCAAAUUUUUUUAAAGAGAUGGAUGAAUGUUCUUUGCCAGACAAUGGUGGGUGUGAACAGCACUGUGAGAACACACUGGGCAGUUACAGAUGCACCUGCGAGCCUGGCUAUGAGUUGGCAGCUGAUAAAAAGAGCUGUGAAGCUGCCUGUGGGGGCUUCAUCACCAAGCUCAAUGGGACCAUUACUAGCCCUGGAUGGCCCAAGGAAUAUCCUACUAACAAAAACUGCGUCUGGCAGGUGGUAGCUCCAGCCCAGUACCGGAUCUCUCUGCAGUUCGAAGUGUUUGAGCUGGAAGGCAAUGAUGUCUGUAAAUACGACUAUGUUGAAGUUCGUAGUGGGUUGGCUUCUGACUCCAAGCUGCAUGGCAGAUUCUGUGGCUCAGAGAAGCCCGAAGUAAUCACGUCAUAUGGCAACAACAUGAGACUGGAGUUCAAAUCGGACAACACAGUCUCCAAGAAAGGCUUUAAAGUUCACUACUUUUCUGACAAGGAUGAGUGCUCCAAAGACAACGGUGGUUGCCAGCAUGAAUGUGUCAACACCUUUGGGAGCUACAUAUGCCAGUGCAGAAAUGGCUUCAUGUUGCAUGAAAAUGGCCAUGAUUGUAAAGAAGCUGGUUGUGAGCACAAGCUGAGCAGUGUGGAGGGACUGAUGAGCAGUCCAAACUGGCCUGACAAGUACCCCAGCCGGAAAGAGUGCACCUGGGACAUUUCUGCAACGCCUGGCCACCGAGUGAAAGUAGUCUUCAAUGAGUUUGAGAUUGAACAGCACCAAGAAUGUGCCUACGACCACUUGGAAAUAUAUGAUGGGCCCAACAGCAAGUCACCUGUCCUUGGACGCUUCUGUGGCAGCAAGAAACCAGAACCUGUAGUGGCUUCUACCAACAAGAUGUUUCUCAGGUUUUACUCAGAUGCUUCUGUGCAAAGAAAAGGUUUCCAAGCAAAGCACAGCACAGAGUGUGGUGGGCUCUUAAAGGCUGAAGUACAAACUAAGGAGCUGUAUUCUCAUGCUCAGUUUGGGGAUAACAACUACCCAGGUCAAGCAAACUGUGAAUGGGUGAUUGUAGCUGAAGAUGGUUAUGGGGUGGAGCUGAUAUUCCAGACAUUUGAGAUUGAGGAGGAGGCUGACUGUGGAUAUGACUACAUGGAGAUUUAUGAUGGUUAUGACAGCACUGCGCCCCGUCUUGGACGCUUCUGUGGCUCGGGGCCUUUGGAAGAAAUCUACUCUGCAGGGGAUUCCAUCAUGAUUCAGUUCCACACGGAUGACACCAUCAGCAAGAAAGGCUUUCACGCCCAAUACAUAAGUACCAAAUUUCAGGAUGCGUUGCACAUGAGAAAGUAGUUUGACUGCUCUUCACAGACAUUCCAACCUGAAGAUUGAGACAUCAAUCUUGUGAUCCUUGUCUUCUUUUUUUAUUAUUAUUAUUUUUUUUUUUAAGCUUCUGUGCACCUAGCCAAAAGCAGUGUACAGUAUUUGCUGAAACUAAAACUAAAUUGAGUCUCAAAAGUUUGCCUCUGAAAUUAUUAGCAUGACCCUUUCUUGUUAACAUACCCAGGACCAAAAAAUUCUAAUCAUACCUGCCAGGCCAUAAACAUGGUAUUUUGCACAGCUUGUCAUGGUGUGAAGACCAAAAUCAAAUUGAGUAAAGCUUUCAUCUCUUGCAUAUCCUAUUUCUAGAUGACAUUUCUUAAACAUCCUGUACCCACGAGCUGUCUGAACACAUUAUCUGGAGUAGAUGGUGUGGACAACCACCUAGUAGGAUUUUCUCAAAGGAUCUUGGGAGCCAUUCACUCUCUCCUACCAUCCCAAAAUACUCUGCAAUAAGUGAACAGCCAGAUGGCUAGGACUCUAUCACUUCUUCUGUUCCAUCUAUUUAUUGUCUUGGUUAUUAUAGGUUGAAAGGUAGGCAGGGGCACAGGGACAGUCUCUUUAGGGCUGCUACCUACUUGAAUUGUGGUGAACGAGAAGGACUCAGUACCUGAUUUUUCAGUAAUUUUCAUGGUAUAUGUUGAAUGGAAGUACUGUGAUGUGGGUGGCCAAGGGAAAGGUGGCAGCUGACAUGGAAGUGCUGUGGUGGGAUGCAAGGCAUGACAGCGUAAUGGUAGUAAAGCUUAACACUGUAGUGCUGACAGCAUGCUCCAGUUACACCACUAGGCAAGGCAGCUCAGAGGGCUGUGGCAGCAGUCCAGGCCAUCUUAAAUAAGGAAUCUCUCCUCCUUACUCCACCCGUCUGCUUUUUCAGCCUUCUUUAUGCUGCUGCUUUUCCUAUAGUACAACUUCCAUGUGAGGCCUUCCUUUUCACAGCUAAGCUGCUCUCCCCAGGGCUCCCCACCACAACUUUGUUAAGCUCUGCAACAUCAGCUAACUAGAGCAAAGGCAACGCUGGGCCAGAGAUAGGGUGGCCCUGAGGCAGAGGGAACACAGGCCAUGCUACAGGUCAGCUGUGGUGAGCUCUGGGAACCUGUCAACAUACGAGAACUUUAGACAUGGAACUUGGAACGGGAGAGCUUGGCUGGUUUCUGCUUCCUCGCUGUUCCUUGCUGGCCUGUGGCCCAGUCUCUUAACUUCAUGGCCAAGGUGCAAGCAAAAUGGUGACUUAAGCAUUUUGAGCCACAAAGCUCAGACAUGCUCUACACUGCAGUUAUUUAUGUACAUGGAAGCUACCAAGUCAUGGACUUGCAGAAUUAACGGAUAGCUUGGCACUUCUUUGGAAAAAAGCAGGGCAAAUUGUGCUUUUGGAGCAGCCACUGUAGAUGAGUGGUUGAUAUGGGAAGAAAGAAAAAAAACAACAACACUCUUAAAACGACUCUAUUCUGAAUGAUAUUUCAUCAAAGCACUCAUGGGCAAUUAUGAGCUAAAAGCUGAGGUAUGUUAGCUUUAAUAAAGUAUUUAUAAUCCAAGGGUUACUUGUGUUUACAUAACCACUGUACUGUUGGGCUUCAGGAUGACACCUCCUCUCUGGUGUACGAUUGUGGAAAAGUGUGGGGCCAGCGCCACUGUCAGACACAAAUUACAUUCCUGGAGAUGAGGGCAUUUCCAGAUGGAUAAUAAAUAGACCCAGCCCUCUCCAGAAGUCCUUGAACAGAUUAUGGUCCAAGUGUUGUGAAUACUGGGAGAAGCAAAUGCAUGAAAAUAUUUUCUUGCUUAGAACAAGAAAAAUAAUUUAUACGCAUACACACAGGAUUAUAUGUAUAUAAAGUGUGCAUGUAGAAAACCAGUAGUCAAAGUCUUAGUAAGUUUCAUGUGAACAAUACUGUACCAUUGACUAUAGCUUUAUUGCAGGCUGUAUAAAACCAUGUUAUUUCUGUUUUGCUUUUUUUUUUUUUUUUUUUUUUAGCUCUGCUGUGUUCCUCUUUUUUAAUUUUGUGGCCUUUUUUACAUGCAAGAUCUGUGAUCUCAA